CAGCAAAUCACGGAGCCCGUCAGUCCAGGCGCUGGAUUCCCCCCGGAGCCGCGGAGCGGGAGGAUGUGGGUGCCAGGAGCCAGCCAGAUGCCCCCUUCCACCAAGCUCUGCAUUGAAAUCAUCCUCGCACUGCUCUGCCAGGGUGGGCUCUGCCAGGCGCCCGACUAUCGGAUCCAGGUCCCGUCCCGCGUCACGGCCCAGCAGGGUCUCUGCGUCCUGCUCCCCUGUAAUUUCACAGCCAAUUUCGAGUCCUCCGGGGUCCCCUACAAAUACUGGUUUAUCAGGGACGACAACAGGGACACCAGCCCGGCCGUGGCCACCACGGACCCUGGCAGGGCCCUGCGGGCGCCUGGGGGCCGGAUCCGCCUGGUGGGGGACGCCCCGGACGACUGCUCCCUGCACAUCAGCGACGUGAGAGCCAGAGACAGGGACCGCUACGUCUUCCGCUUUGUGAAGGGAAACUUUAAAUACAGCUACCGGGUGACCCAGCCGCUGGUGGAUGUGACAGAGCUGACGGAGCAGCCGGUGCUGGGGGUCCCCGAGGUGCUGCUGUCCGGACAGCUGGUGAAUGUGACCUGCCAGGCUCCGGGGACCUGCUCAGGGACCCCUCCCCAAAUCACCUGGACAGGGGGGUUCGACUACACAGCCAGGAACGUCUCGGUCACCCUGGCGAACGGCAGCGUCUCCUACAGCUCCGUGCUCAGCUUCACGCCGGCCCCAGGGGAUGACGGCAAAGAGCUCGUCUGCACCGUCACGUACCCCGCCGUGGUCGGGGUCUUCACCCGCAGAGCCGUCCGGCUCCACGUCGGCUACCCGCCGAAGCUGCUGCCGCGGGGGAAUUGCACGGUGCGGGGCCGCGGGCCCGGGGGAGCCGCCACGUGUCACUGCGCGGCCGAGGGGAACCCCCCGCCCCGCCUCGAGUGGCGUUUGCCCAACCGCACCCUCCCUGGGGACUUCGAGGGCCCCGAGCUGCGAGCGACCUCGUGGGCGCGGGGCCCGGCCGUGAGCGGGGAGCUGCGGGGCCCGGCCUGGGCCCUGGCCAACGUGUCCUGCGCUGCCACCAACGCCCACGGGCAGAGCCAGGCCGCGCUGCCCGUGGUGCCCGCAGCCGGCUUCCCCCUGACACUCGUGGUGGCCUUGGUGGCUGGUGGGAGCCUCGUGCUGGUUGGUGCCGGGGCUGCAGUGGCCUGGAGAGUCAGGAAGGGAAGGACGCCAACAGGGAAGAGGGAGCCCUUGAGAAGAAAGCGGGAGGAGGAGGAGGAGGAGGAGGAAGAUGCUACCAGGGGAGAGGUGACGGGGAUCAAUUUCCAGAGGAAAAUAUCUACGCCAACGCCUAAGGCCAGGGAGGGGGACAGGGUCACUGCAGGGCUCGAGCUAGAGAGAGACUGGUGGUAG